GCUGCCGAGGCACUAACAACGGACACUCAUAAAGACAUUCAGCCCCCAAAGCAGCAGCCGAUGAUAUCUAUUUGUGGAGAGUGUCCCACCGAAAAUGAAAUAAAGUCCAGGGAUCCAAUCAGAUGCAGAGAAUGUGGAUACAGAAUAACGUACAAGAAGAGGACUAAAAGAUUGGUGGUCUUUGAUGCUCGAUGAAAAGUGGGAAUUCAGGAGUGUCUUCAUUCAUACAUUUGCCCCAUUGAUGUUUCACUUACAGCUUUUGACUUAGCU